CAAGAUUCGCGCAUGAACCAAUCACUAUUCGCCACAUUCGUACUUCCCCGUUUUACCGUAAAACCACGUUGACUUAGUUUCGCUAGGUAAACGUCAGCAUUUGCUGUUCUUUGAAUGAUCUAACCGGUUUGCAAAUAAUACUGUAAAAUACUUUAUUUUAGCUGGAAUUAAUUAUCUCUGAAAAGACAUUUUGGGUGUUUUGUAUGGAAUUUAUUUUCAACGAUUUUGACAAGUUGAAUCACUCAUAUAUUUAAAAAUGCGACAUAUUCCGAGGAUUGUAUUGGUCAUUAUGUCUAUAGUCUGUGCGGUCAACCCUGUUGAUGGUCUAGCUGUUAUGUCCAUAGACCUGGGAAGCGAUUGCUAUAAAAUGGCGUUGGUCAAGCCUGGUGUUCCCAUGGAAAUUAUAUUAAACAAAGAGUCGCGGCGGAAAACAGCGGUUGUGGUAUCUUUAAGAGAUGAUGAAAGAGUGUUUGGGGACGAUGCUCUGGCCAUUGGAGUGAGGUAUCCUAAAACCACUUAUGUUUAUCUACAAGAUUUACUUGCAAAAGGAAUUGAUAACCCUGUGGUACAACUAUAUAAAAAAAGGUUCCCAUAUCAUGAUAUUAGGCAAGAUCCAGAACGAGAUACUAUCUUAUUCCAACACAGUGAAGAUCUCCAAUAUACACCUGAAGAAUUACUGGCUAUGAUAUUAAACAGAGCUCAAGAAAUGGCAGCAGCAUUCGCUGAACAACCCAUCAAAGAUGUUGUCAUAACAGUACCUGCUUAUUUCAACCAAGCCGAGAGAAGAUCUGUUAAACAUGCUGCUGAGUUAGUGGGGCUUAACGUACUGCAACUAAUGAAUGACAAUGCAGCAGUUGCGUUGAAUUAUGGCGUGUUUAGAAGAACUACGUUCAAUGUUACUCCUACUAAUAUAAUGUUCUAUGAUAUGGGAGCGAGUAGUACCACGGCAACCAUUGUUAGUUACCAGAUAGUGAAGACCAAAGAAAAAGGCAUCAGUGAGACAAAUCCACAGCUCACAGUUAAAGGAAUUGGAUUUGACCGAACUCUGGGAGGAUUUGAAGUUGAGUUGAGACUAAGAGAACACUUUGCUAAGGUGUUCACAGAGCAAGGCAAGGCAAAGAGCAAUGUUUAUGAAUCACCGAGAGCAAUGGCAAAAUUAUUAAAAGAAGCAAAGAGAAUAAAAAAAGUGUUGAGUGCAAAUACAGAACACAUGGCACAGAUUGAAGGUUUAAUAGAUGAUGUUGAUUUCCGUGUCAAAAUAACAAGGGAAGAAAUGGAAACAAUGUGUGCUGAUUUGUUUGCUAGAGUCAAGAAUCCUGUCAGAAUGGCCAUUGAAUCAGCAGAUAUGACACUAGGUGAAAUCGACCAGGUUAUACUGAUGGGUGGUGGAACUAGGAUUCCAAAGGUGCAGGAACUACUUUUGGAAGCAGUGAAAAAGAGUGAAUUAGGAAAAAACAUCAACGCUGAUGAAGCAGCAGCUUUGGGAGCGUCAUAUCAAGCUGCCUACCUGAGUAAAGGUUUUAAAGUUAAAAAGUUUGUAGUCAAAGAUGCCAAUCUCUACCCAAUAGAAGUGGAGUUUGAAAGAUCAGCUAUUAAUGAUGAAGGAGUAGAAUUUCAGAAAACUGUUAAAAGAACGUUAUUUGGUAGAAAUAAUCCAUAUCCUCAGAAGAAAGUUAUGACAUUCAAUAAACACACUGAUGACUUUGCAUUUAGUGUCAAUUAUGGAGAUUUGUCAUUUGUAAAUGAAGAUUAUUUAAAGUAA